AUGGGCUGCGAUGGACGGAAAUUUAUGCUGGUGAAUGGAAAUGGCGCCCAAAAUCGGGCUGAUGAAGCGGCCGUUGUUCUGGGGAGGAUUGAUGGGGAGAGCGGCCGACAACCGAGUGAUGGCGGGCGGGGAAUAGUCGGGUUUUUUGGGGACGCUUGAAUCCAGCGCUGAUUUGGAGCAACCUUCUAACCUAACGGCCGUUUUUGGAGUUUUUUUUUGUCCAAUUCAACGGCCGAAUUUUUAUUUUUAACUUGUUUUUUUGCGUAUUUCUAGAGUCUUCGGCCGUUUUUCGCGAUUUUGUUUUUUGAAUUUGAGCUGUUUAUUAGGGUCUCAUUUUGUGGUUAUCGUAUGUUUAUGACUGCUACACUCUACUCUAGUCUUUAAAAAUCCCGAAGGAUCAAAAAUUUUACGUUUUAUGAUCUAUGUUAUCGCUAUAUCCAACUCUGUACUAUCGCUGAUUUUCGGCCGAAAAAAUUUGUUCUUUGACUUGUUCUGCUAUACAACAACUUCAAGUACAAGCAGUCAUCUGCAGGCCCUGUUCCGAUCAAGAAAGCCCGCUCUAAACUUGCGGGAUUUUCUUGAUUUAUACUAUACAAGUUUUUCCAUAAUUUUUGCUGUACACAAAGUUCAAGUCAUCAUUUCCGACGCCCUCGGCGACUGGAGCGCAAAGUCCACUCCGCAACACGACGGCAUUCAACGUCGUGUCUCGCCGCGUUCUUGAUCGGCGAGGGGCGGCGGCCGGUUCGUGGUCGGACCCCCUCAAAUCCGACGCCCCAUGUUUGGAAAGCCCCACCGCUGACGCACACCGAUCGCGCGAGGCGAGAAAGGGAGGCCGAUGGAAUGCUGGUCGUCUCCGUCUCUCGGCGCUUCAAAUCGCUCCCCUCUCUCUCUCUCUCUCUGCCCAUUUUCGGGCGCAGAGUUCCAUUUUUUUCGUCCGCGACGGCGACAUAGCGGCCGCCCUGUGGAAAUUACCGCGCGCGCCUCCUCUCUCCCAACCGUCCGCUCUCCACAACAACAUCUUCGUCGCCCCCCAUCCCAUUCUUCGUCGCCCCAAACAAGGAUUUUCUCUGAGCUUCUCCGAAGUGGAGGAGAAGGACGAAUCCGCGCGGCUUUCGUUGUCGUCUCCGUCGUCGUGA